AUGUAUUGGUCGAAGCCUACAAAACAAGCACUUAUAUCAUCUAUUUUGACCUGUCAUAGGUUUGAUGAAGUUCUGUCAAUUCUUCAUUUCAAUAACAAUGAAGAAGAACCAACAAAAGCCGAUAAUAACUAUGAUAAACUGUUCAAAAUCCGACCACUUAUAAAUCAUUUUAAUACAAAGUUUCAGUCAGCAGCAAUACCAGAAGUAAUUUGUAGUGCCGAUGAACAAAUCGUUCCUUACAAAGGAUUUAGCAAUUUGAAAAGAUAUAAUUCGUCGAAACCUCAUAGUUGGGGUUACAAAAUAUAUGCACGUGAGGGAAAAUCAAGUUAUUUGUAUCAAUUUGAAAUCGAAGGUGACAAUCAGUUGAUAACUAUUGAUUCGAAUAUUGGAUCAGCUGGUAAUGUAGUGAUCCGGCUUACUCAAAAUUUACAUCCAAAUUCAUUUAUUGCUUACGAUAAUUAUUACGCAACAAUCAGAUUGAUCAAAUUUCUAAAUGUCAAGCAAUAUCAUGUUGUAUCUACAAUGAGAACAAAUCGUUUACAUGUGCCAUUACUAAAACCUGUCAAACUGCUGAAGCGAGAAGGCAGGGGUUCAUUUGAUUUUCUAACUACUGAUGAUGGUCAUAUAGUGGUUACUAAAUGGUUUGACACUAAAGCAGUUUACAUACUCUCAAACUGUUUUGGUCCGACACCUGCAGCUCAACAAUUGGUUAUAUCUCUUGGUGGUGCUCAAUCGGAAUCAUUUGGUAUGAAUGAUUUUUCAAGGUAUGAUCAAAUUGGACACUUUCCUGGUUGGAAAAAUUUGAAUGGUACAACAAAAAAUUUCAAAAGUAAACGAUGA